AUGAGCGCUACACCACAGGAAUUAUCUAGUGAUUAUGAAGAUGCUGAGGAACAACAACAAGAACAAAGAUUGGAUUCAGUGACAUUAAACAAUGCUAACAUGGCAAUAACUAAAGCAAAUUUACAAAGACAUGCUUGGGAAGAUGUUAGUUUUGCAAAAGUUAAUUUUAAUAGUGCAUUAAAACAAGCAAAUGAUUUAUUAGAAGAUACAUUUGGAUUAUCAAUUAGUGAAUUACCAGUCAAAGCAGGGAAAAAUAAUAGUGAUUCCAGCAAAAAGAAAGAUAAUAAACCUCAAUCAAGUCAACAAUAUGUCUUGACUAAUAAAAUUGUUGAUCCAUAUGCAAGAUUUCAAUUAGAAAGUCAAUGGUUAUCUAAGGCAAAUUCAUUAUUUCAAAGUGAAUUAAUGGAAGAAAGACAUGAUUAUAGAAAUAAUAAAGAAACAUAUCCAACUUUAACCACAGAUAAGAAUUUAGUAUCAAAUGGGUUAACAUUAAUGAUUAUUUCUAUAAUUAUGGUUUCAAAUAAUCAUAUAAGUGAAGGUGAAUUAUUAACAAUUUUAAAUGAAAAUUUUGGUAUAAAUACCAAUACUCCAUUAGAAAUAUUAAACAUACCCAUUUUAGAUUUUUUUAAAAUAUUAGAUAAACAAGAAUAUCUAAUUAGAAGUUCAUUAAAAUCUGAUAAUGAAGAAAUUGUGGAAUAUAGUAUUGGUAGAAGAUCCAAGAUUGAAUUUAAUAAAGAAAGUUUUGUUGAAUUUGCAAGAAUUAUUUAUAAUGAAGGUGAUGAUGAAAGUGAUGAAUUUUUGAAUCGUGUUUAUGCUACUAUUGAUUCAACUUUUGGGUCGGUUAAAGAUGAAUAA